CUUGCAAUAUAUAAACAUAUUGAAUAAUCAUCAUCAAUCGUCCUGAUCGCCUUAAUUAUUCCAAAAUAAGCAAAUGAUAUGAUUAAGAAAUUUUCACCAUGGUCACGUUAUGUUAUUUAAAUAAUGAAAAUGAACAAACGGUUGAAGGUCGACGACGACAGCCACCAUCACCACCACCAGCUGAUCUUUGUUGCCAAAGUGGUUGUACCAAAUGUGUAUGGGUGGAAUAUUGUCAUGAAUUGGUCGAAUUCUACAAAAAUGAUGGCUUAGAAAGAGCCGAACGAAUUGAAAUACCACGUGAAGAUCCAUCAUUACGAAUGUUUAUCAAAAUGGAAUUGAAACAAACAUUAAAGCAUAAAUGAAAAUUUUUAAUUGUAAAAUAAAAUGAAGAAUAAAUUUAUAAA